AUGUCGGCACGGCUGGUUCGACUCGGUUUCUUCCUCGAUGGUGUUGAUCGCAUCCAAACCUCUCGUCUGCGCCAACAACCCUUAGACGUCGUUCAUCGAGCAUCCCUCAUCGGCCUGCAUCCUUAUCUUGUGCAGCUCUACUAUCGACAGGCGGCCACCUACAUAAUGUCGGAUCGCGAGGACGGUGGAGAGGAGACCUUCUACGAGGAGGAGGAGCCGGUCUACGACGGUGACGACCUCGGAGACGACCAGUACGACGAUGCGGGUGACGCUGCCGCAAAUGGUAUCGUACAUUCCUCCGCGGGUGGCGACCCAUCGACCUCCAUGGCUGGACAAGCCAACCAGGACCGCAUCACCACCCCGUAUAUGACCAAGUACGAGCGUGCCAGGAUUCUCGGCACACGCGCCCUCCAGAUCUCAAUGAACGCGCCUGUUCUCGUGCCCACCGAGGGCGAGACUGACCCGCUCGAGAUCGCCAUGAAGGAGCUCGCUGCCAAGAAGAUUCCCCUCGUCGUGAGGAGAUACCUCCCAGACGGAAGCUACGAGGACUGGACAGUCAGCGAGCUCAUUGUUACCGAGUGA